AUGGGCCCCAUCCCCCCCAACACCGACCACGCCGACAAGAUGUCGCCAAAAGAGGAGAUUCUCGUGGACGAGAACCCCUUGGUCCAUGCCGACCCCACCGAGGAGCGCAAGAUCAUCAUGAAAACCGACGCCGUCAUUCUCACCUUCAUCGUCCUCCUUGCAUUCCUCAUGUUCCUGGACAAAAACUGUCUCGCAUACGCGGCCAUCAUGGGCAUGAAGGUCGAUACGCACCUGAAGGGCCAGGAGUAUAGCUGGCUUGGCAGCAUCUUCUACUUUGGCUACCUCUUGGGCCUGCCCGUCUCUGCCUUUCUGAUCACGAAGGUCCCCGUGGGGCGGCUUAUUGGGGCGGCAGCCAUUUGCUGGGGCAUCACCAUGAUGUGCAUGUCGGCCUGCAACGACUUUGCCGGGCUUGCAACGGUACGGUUCUUCCUCGGGCUGCUUGAGGCACCGGCGUUCCCCUCGGCCAUGAUCCUCAUCGGGAACUGGUGGAAGAGGCGGGAACAACCGCUGCGGACGGCGUUGUGGUACAAUACAUUCGCCGGCGUCUUUGGCGGCCUGCUGGCUUUCGCCAUCAACAAUGCCCACGGCUCCCUGCCGAACUGGCGAUACCUCUUCCUGAUCUACGGUUCCGCCACCGUCCUGGUCGGCCUGCUGGCCUUCUUCCUCCUGCCAGUCUCACCAGGCACAGCAUGGUUCCUGAGCCCGCGUGAAAAGGAGGUCGCCAUCGCCCGGCUAGCCGACACGCAGCAGAAGAACAACAACGACAGGCGGACAAACUUUCAGCUGAGCCAGUGUGCCGAAGCCCUCCUGUCGGCCAAGUACUGGGUCCUGCUGGCCGGCGUCAUGGCCCAAGGCGUGACGGCAUCCGGCAUCACCAACUUCAACCCCUUGAUCAUCAAAGGCUUCGGGUAUUCGGUCCAGCGCACGAACCUCCUGGCCGCGCCGCAGGCCGCGGUGGGCAUCGUCGGACAGGUCCUGUGCUCCGUGCUGGCCUACUACAUCCCCAACACGCGCUGUCUGUGGUGGAUGGUUGGCACGCUCCCAGCGUUGGCCGGGGCCAUCAUCAUCCACGCGGUCGACGUCGACACGCAGCGCACUGUCGCCCUAGGAGGCGUGUACCUGAUGGGCUUCUACAACGUCGGCUUCGUCAUGGCCAUCGCAAUCGCCACGGCCAACACCCGCGGCAGCACCAAGCGGCCGUUCGUCAACGCCUCCAUGGGCGUCUCCCUGGCUGUCAGCGAAAUCUUCGGGCCCCAGUUCUUCCGCGAGAGCCAGGCCCCCUACUACCAGCUGGGCAUCUGGGCCCUCAUCGUAUGCUACGCCCUCAUGAUCGCUGCCGGCGGCAUCUACUGGCUCUUGGCCAUCUUGGCCAACCGGGCCCGCGACCGCGCCGGUCAUGGUUGUGUCGCCUUAGACGACGACGGCGGCAGCAGGCCCAGCACGGACGAGGACCUGACUGACGGACAGAACAAGGCACACAGAUACUCGUACUAG